CUUUCAUUGCGACGCAAGUUAGCAUACUUCUUCAUCCUGUUAUGAGCUUGAUACAGAUUCUACUGAAGGGGGGCCAAAAUUUGGGCACGGUUGCAAAGCACUUUGUCCACAGCCUCCACUUUCAUUGUGCCAGCACUUCGGGGGUUGAAUAGAAAUUGCACUUCCUUCCUUCACACAUGACGCAAAACCACACCGCUAAUACUCAGCAACACAAGCACGCUGUCAUCAUCAACAUCAAGCACAACUACAAAGCCAAGCUCAGCGUCAAAGAAACAAACCAAAAACCAAGGCAAUUGAAAGAAAGCUUUUGGCCUUCUAAACUUGGAAUAAGAAGAGAAAGAGGGAAGUGGAACAAAACAUGGGGGUGGACUACUACAAGUUACUGCAGGUCGAUAGGAAUGCCAAAGAUGAGGACUUGAAGAAGGCCUACAGGAAGCUUGCGAUGAAGUGGCACCCUGAUAAGAACCUCAACAACAAGAAAGAAGCCGAAGCCAAAUUCAAGCAAAUCUCUGAAGCCAAUGAGGUUCUCAGUGAUCCCCAUAAGAGAGCAGUAUAUGCUCAGUAUGGAGAAGAGGGCCUAAAGGGUCAGGUGCCACCGCCUGGCGGUGCUGCUGCUAGCCCUGGUGGAGCUUCGUUCCUUUCGACCGGUGAUGGGCCGACAACGUUUCGAUUCAAUCCUCGAAGCACUGACGACAUUUUCGCUGAGUUCUUUGGAUUCUCGAGCCCCUUUGGAGGCAUGGGAGGUGGUGGUGGUGGAGGCAUGAGAGGGUCAGGGUCAAGAUUCUCAAGUGGGAUUUUUGGUGAUGAUAUGUUUGCAUCUUUUGGGGAAGGAGGAAGGUCUAUGAACCAAGGUCCUCCUAGGAAAGCUCCCCCCAUCGAGAACAGGUUGCCUUGUAGUCUUGAAGAGUUGUACAAGGGGGCUACCAAGAAGAUGAAGAUCUCUAGAGAAAUUGCUGACAUCAGUGGCAAGACGAUGAAAGUGGAGGAGAUUCUUACCAUCGAAAUAAAGGCCGGUUGGAAAAAGGGCACGAAGAUCACCUUCCCAGAGAAAGGGAAUGAGCAACCAAAUGUUAUACCUGCAGAUCUUGUGUUCAUCAUUGACGAGAAAUCCCAUAGCUUGUUCACUCGAGACAAAAGCGACUUGAUCGUCACGCAGAAUAUAUCCUUGGCCGAGGCCCUGACAGGUUACACAGUCCACCUGACUACCUUAGACGACAGAAAUUUAAGCAUCCCAAUUACUAAUGUGAUUCAUCCAAACUAUGAGGAAGUCGUUCCCAAGGAAGGGAUGCCAAUCCAAAAGGACCCUACAAAAAGAGGGAACUUGCGAAUCAAAUUCAACAUCAAGUUCCCAACAAGGCUUACGACGGAGCAAAAAGCUAGAAUCAGGAAACUCUUGGGUCCGUGA